UUUAUUAGCAGAGAGGCAGCCAUGAAGAGCCGGUCUCACCGGCUUCCCGCUGCUAAUCCACAAGAUGACUGGGUUGAUGGUUCAUGGACAGUGGAUUGUGUGUGUGGUGUGAAUUUUGAUGAUGGAGAGGAGAUGGUGAAUUGCGACGACUGCGGUGUGUGGGUACAUACACGUUGCGUGCGCUAUGUCAAGAGUGAGAAGCUAUUUGCAUGUGAUAAGUGUAAGAAUAAAGCCAGGAGGAACGAUAGCGAAGAAACUGAGGUUGCUCAGCUCCUUGUUGAGUUGCCCACCAAGACUCUCACGAUGAAUCCUCCAUAUCCUAAUACUCUCACUACCCGAAGGCCCUUUAGGCUUUGGACUGAUUUGCCUAUGGAGGAAAGGGUUCACGUGCAAGGUGUUCCCGGUGGUGAUCCUGCUUUAUUUUCUGGCUUAUCAUCUGUAUUUGGUCGUGAAUUAUGGAAAUGCAGUGGCUAUGCUCCCAAAAAGUUUAAUUUUCAAUAUAAGGAAUUUCCUUGUUGGGAUGAUGAAACAAGGGAGGCCCAUGAUAAUACCUCUGACAAAGGCCAUGAGAUGACUACUAGUAAUGGUGCUGGUGCUUUAUUCUCCUUGUCAAGGGAAAACCGCUUGUUUGCACCAGUAGUUAACCCUCUUUCUGAGAAGCCUGUUAUCAAGUCCAACGGUGCUAUGGAUUCAGAUGCUACUACUCGCUCAACCAAUGAUGUGAAGAAGGGCACAGGUUUAUUGGGUCCUAGCUUGAUACAAGGCAACAAACGUAAGAAAGAAGAGUUUGGGAUAUCCAAGGACCAAAGUGGUAAGAAGAAGUCUAAGAUCGUUGAAAAGGAGGGUUAUCUUAAGAAAGAUGCACAUGCUUCUAGACCAGACAGAGGCCCCAUGGCUGUCAAGACAGAUAUUCGGAGAACAAAAUCUGAAAAUUCACGGGAAGUUUUGGCUGCUGUUGACAUUAUGGAAGGACCUCGUGUACUGGACCAUGACACUACAAGCUAUUCUGACAUUCCAACUUCAAAUGAGCGCUUUUCAAAAAUUGCAUCUUAUGAUGUAUCUAAACGCUGCUCAACAAGUGAAGCACAUCCCCGGGAAGACAAAAUUAGAAACCACGUUCCUGUUAGGGUUGAGGACCCUCCUAUGGAGAAUAAUGGAGCAGCAACAAAUUUAGAGCGGAGUGAUUCUGCUAGUUUACCUAUGACAGACGCGGUUGUUACUAAUGCUACCAAGGAAGAGGUUGCGGUGCUAAGUAAUGGAAGUGAAUCACAAAUGGCGGAGCCCAUGAUAGAAAAUGUUACAUGUCUUGGUCCUAACAUUAAAAGGCACCCAAAUGUUGAAAGUUCAAGUAAUGACAAGGUUAUUUGCUCUUCAGAACUCGAGGUUAAAUUGACAGCCGAAGUCCAUGCUGAUCAUGCAGACCUUGAAAUUCAACGUUCACCUCCAAGUGAGGGUAAGUUGGAUAUAGCAAAAUCCUUGGCAAAACCUGCAGGGACAUCUUCAGGGUGCUUGUCUGAGAAAGCUGAAGAAAAUAUUACCACUAUAGUCAAUUCGGAAUGUAGUGACUGUAACUUAGAGGAAGGCAGUAGAAGGGCAAUGAUUGGGAGUAAUAAUACAGCUAAUACUGAUGAAUCACCCAGUGCUCUCUGUCAAUCUAAUCAAGAACCUGAGAUUUCUGAAGUUGCAGUAGGAGCAAGGAAGAGUUCAGGACACAAACAAAGUUCAAAACCUGCUGAAGAUGCACCUAGAUCCAGUUUAGCAGUCACAACCCCGUUAUCAGCUCCAAACCACCGCAAAGUAGUUCUAUCCAUGGGAAAAUCAUCUUCAGGUACAACCAAGUCUUCUGCUCCUGAGAGUCGAACAUCCACGAAAGCUCAUAAUCAUGAUUCUAAUGGUAGACCGAGAGGAAUGUCUGGGAGCAAUCUUAGUGAUAAAAGAGAGAGUUCGUCAGUGGAUGCAGGUAGGGAUGAGGAGAGGCGUGAAAGACCGAGGAAAAUGGUGAAAGAGGUCCCAAAGUCAUCAGUUGGUUCGGCAUCGAAGACAUUGCAGUCGACCAAGCUCUCUCAUGCUCCUGUGAAGAAAACAGUAUCAGAAGCAAAGGAUUCAGUCCCCAAUACUUCUGCUAAAGCAUCAACUGCGCGUAGUAACCCUGCUAGUUCACGCUCUGCAGAGUCUUCUACUUCACUGCAAAGUGAGAGUGCAGCACAUAUACAGAAUAAAGCUACAGGUACACAUUUGACACAAAAAGGUGAAAAGAUAAACCAACCAAGCUGCCAACCAUCUUCUAAAGUGAAUACACACCUGAUGCAUCCUCCAUCUUCAUCAUCUCCUGCAGCACUAAGUGAUGAAGAGCUUGCUUUACUGCUUCAUCAAGAACUUAAUAGUUCUCCCAGAGUUCCUCGAGUGCCACGGAUGCGUCAUGCUGGUAGCUUACCUCAGUUAACCUCACCAACAUCUACAAGUAUGCUAAUGAAGCGAACAUCUAGUGGAGGAAAAGAUCAUGGUUUGACAUUUAGGAGAAAGUCAAAGGACAUAGGCAAAGAUGGUUCAAACUGUUCUCAGGAGGUGGUUCAGGAAACUAAGAAAUCUGAUAGAUCAACUUCUCCUGGUUGUAGGAGAGAAGAAGAUUCUAUUAUUAGGAGAGAAGGAGAUGCUGGAUCAGCAAAGAAUGUGCAGUCUCUGAGGAAGAGUAACACACUUGCCUCCAGUACUUCUGCAAGUAGUAGUUUAUGUUCCCCAAAUGAGGCAAAUGAGAAGAACCUGUCCCCAAUGCACAAUUCAUCAAGUGCUGCUGCUGCUGAUGAUGCAAAAGUGGUUGGACAUUCUUCACAUCAGACAUUACCAGGCUUGCUUGCUGAGAUUAUGAGCAAAGGUCAAAGAAUGACUUAUGAAGAGCUCUGCAAUGCAGUUCUUCCGCACUGGCCCAACUUGAGGAAGCACAACGGAGAACGUUAUGCAUAUUCAAGUCACUCUCAGGCUGUCCUUGAUUGCUUGCGGAACCGAAGUGAAUGGUCUCGCCUGAUUGAUCGAGGUCCCAAGACCAGUACAACUAGGAAGAGACGCAAGCUUGAUGUUGACUCUCAGUUUACUGAAUCGGAGGAUAAUGAAGAUUCCAUGGAUAGAGCUGCAAAAAAUGUCAGGAACAAGACUUUUGAAUCAAAGCAGGAAGAGUUUCCCAAAGGCAAGAGGAAGGCAAGAAAGCGCAGGCGAUUGGCUCUUCAAGGAAGAGGCAUAAAGGAUGUGAGGAGGCGGCAUAGAGCUGAGGUUUCCAGUGAUGAGGAGAUUGGCUCAUCCUCUGAAUCUGCUGGGGACAGCAUGUUCAGCGAAGAUGAGGUACAAGGUGGUGAAACUUCUCCUGCUGGAAAUGAGGCUUCUGCUAGCUCUGAUGAGAGAGCUACCAUGUCAUAAUUUGUGUUAGGUGCUUUUUUGUUUCUUGGGGUGUUUAAUACUUGACAUCUAUCAUUAGAAAACUGACUCACAGAUCUUGUUCAGUGGGGAUAACUUUCUAUGCCUCUGCAGAUUGUUGCGUACGUGAGGUUAUGGCACUAGAGUAAAGUCAUUGUUUAUAGGAUGUUUCAUGAUUGGUGACUUUGGCCAUGUCGUGUGCCAGUCCUACUGGCAUGUUUAUAGGUUUGUGCCAGUUGCCAGUUGAUGCCCUAUGAGUUAGUUAACAAGAUUCAUGCACUGAAUUGUAGAUGAAAGUCCUGUGGAAGCUGUAAGCUGCUGUAAAUAGUUUAGAUGCUCCACUGCAGAUUUUGUUCGUACUCCUGAUUGUUUUGUAGCUUCUGUAGAGUGAAUUUUGACAUUGAUGUUAUGCCCUUGUUUUUUGUUGA